CAGCCUCUCAAUUCUCAAUCAAUACUUGUUUGAAUGGGUUCAUAAAUACUUGAGUUCCUAAAUUCUCGUCGUGGAACUGAAACAACGAGAAGAUUUAGGAGCAGAGAGAGUACAGUCGAUAUCUCAAAAAAGAGGAAGAAGAAAGUUUGCUGCGGUAAAGUUGGGCCAGGCCUGCCGCCAAGGCCUAGGUGGGUGAUUAAAACGUUUCCUGCUGGUAACUCUUUCUGUACGUCUUCUCUCUUAUUCCGUGCUGAAAUAUUUUUUUUUAGAUACCGCUGUAAUGCUUGAAGUAGAGUGAGAAGACCAGUAGCUGUUUAUCUUCCAACUUACAAAAAGGUUGAGUUGCAUUGUAAAUGAAGCAAAGUGGAGACGACUUAUUAGUUCCCUCGGAAACUCAGUUUGGCUAAAGCUUAAGCGAGGUCUACAUUGACGCAUGCAUAGAUCUUAAGCAAGGCCAUACCGCACCAAGAGCUCCCAGUGGUAAGCUCGUAGCUAAUUGGAUGUCAACUCUGAGCUUUAGGACUGGUCAUCGAUAAGAACAGGUUGCUCCUCAUACCCCCCGCGCCCGCACCAUCGAUCGAGCAGCUAGCUCACCCUCUUCCUCCCCCAUUGCGCGGCCAUGGCCAUGGCUUCCACGCCCACCAUCCUGUCCACCCUUCUCUUCAUCCUCUUCCUACACUCACACAACACUUCCCCCGCGACCGCCUUCUACCUCCCGGGCAGCUACCCGCAGCGGUACCGCCCGGGCGACGCCCUGAGCGCCAAGGUGAACUCCCUGACCUCGGCGUCCUCCAAGCUCCCCUUCCCCUACUACUCCCUCCCCUUCUGCGCCCCGCAAGACGGCGUCAACCGCGCCGCCGAGAGCCUGGGCGAGCUCCUCCUGGGCGACCGCAUCGAGACGUCCCCCUACCGCUUCUCCAUGCUCCGCAACUCCACAGGCGGCCCCUUCUUCCUCUGCCACACCGACCCGCUGUCCCCCGCCGCAGCCGCCCUCUUCAGGUCCCGCAUCGACGACGCCUACCACGUCAACCUCCUCCUCGACACGCUCCCCGUCGUGCGCCACGUCAGGACGGCUAGCAGCAGCAGCCCCAAUGCUGAAGCCGCAGCAGCCAGGUCCACGGGGUUCCCCGUCGGCGUGCGCGCCGACGACGGCGAGUACUACGUGUACAACCACCUCAAGCUCACGGUCCUGGUGAACAAGGUUAAGAAUGGGACCACCAGGGUGGAGGCGUUGAUGGCCACGGCCGACGCCGCCGAGCUGCUGAGCUUCUCCGCCGGGGACGGGAAGGACGGCGGCGGGUACACGGUGGUCGGGUUCGAGGUCGUCCCCUGCAGCGUGGACCACGGCGACGUGGCGGCGUUCAAGGGGAAGAAGAUGUACGAGGAGCUGCCCAGCAAGGCGGCCACGGCGCGGUGUGACCCGUCCGUGGUGGGGAUGCGCGUGAAGGAGAACACGCCGCUGGCGUUCUCGUACGAGGUGUCCUUCGUGGAGAGCGGCAUCGAGUGGCCGUCCCGGUGGGACGCGUACCUGGACAUGGGCGGCGGCGCGCAGGUGCACUGGUUCUCCAUCCUCAACUCCAUCGUGGUGGUCGCCUUCCUCGCCGCCAUCGUGCUCGUCAUCCUCCUCCGCACCGUCCGCCGCGACCUCGCGCACUACGAGCAGGAGCAGCUCGGCGACACCGAGUCCGGACCCGGGGCGGACGACAUGGCCUCCGCCGCGGGGUGGAAGCUGGUGGCCGGGGACGCGUUCCGGGCGCCGAGCCACCCGGCGCUGCUCUGCGUCAUGGCGGGCGACGGGGCGCGCAUCCUCGGCAUGGGCGUGGUCACCAUCCUCUUCGCUGCGCUCGGCUUCAUGUCCCCGGCGUCCCGGGGCGCGCUGGUCACCGGCAUGCUCUGCUCCUACCUCCUCCUCGGCGCCGCCGCCGGCUACACCGCCGUGCGCCUCUGGAACACCAUCCACCAAGGCGCCGCCCCAAGCACCAACUGGAAAUCCAUCGCGUGGAAGUCCUCAUCCGUCUUCCCAGGCAUCGGCUUCGCGGUCUUCACAUCCCUCAACUGCCUCCUCUGGUACAACGGGAGCACUGGCGCCGUACCCUUCCUUCUCUUCCUCAUCCUCAUCCUCCUCUGGUUCUUCGUGUCCGUGCCGCUCACCCUCAUCGGCGGCCUCAUCGCCUCCCGAGUAAAACCCAUCGAAUACCCAGUCAAAACGAACAAGAUCUCCCGGCAUGUCCCGGCCGCGCAAUGCUCGCCGUGGCUGUUCGUGGGCGUGGCGGGGACGCUGCCGUUCGGGACGCUCUUCAUCGAGCUCUUCUUCAUCAUGUCCAGCAUCUGGCUGGGCCGGGUGUACUACGUCUUCGGGUUCCUGCUGCUCGUCCUGGGCCUGCUCGUGGCCGUCUGCGCCGAGGUCUCCGUCGUGCUCACCUACAUGGGCCUCUGCGUCGAGGACUGGCGCUGGUGGUGGCGGGCCUUCUUCGCGUCCGGGUCCGUCGCGGCCUACGUGCUGGGCUACGCGGUUUACUACCUCGUCUUUGACUUGCAUAGCCUUAGCGGGCUGGUUUCCGCCGCGCUCUAUGUGGGCUACUCGCUGCUCAUGGCCGGCGCCGUCAUGCUCGCCACGGGUGCUGUUGGGCUUGCGGCAUCCUUCUGGUUUGUCUACUACCUCUUCUCCACCGUCAAGCUCGAGUGACCGACCGAUCAUCCACGAGUUAUUUUGCGGCUGCCCGUCCAAGCCGAAGCCGUACCGUAUGUGCCUACCGUUUUCUGACUGGUUGGUUUUCUUUGUCAUUUUGGAAUCAAGUCUUGAUUAGAUCUAUGUAUUUAUGCUACGAAAUCAAAUAACAGAUUGUUUUGAUCAUGGUUCAGAUGACUCUGUAUGACUGUAUAUUUAUUACUCGUAUUUGCUUAUGUCUA